GAACAACAGUGAAGUGCAAGCACAAGGACGGCCAGACAGUGGCCAUUAAAAUAUUGCACAAGAAAUCAGAAAAAUCUGUUAAAACCACAAUGAGAGACAUGAAGUUUCUACAGUGAUUCCAUCAUAAGGAUAUUGUCAACCUGAUUCAGGUAUUUAGGCAGAAAAAAAGAGUUCGCUUGGUGUUUGAAUUUAUCACUCAUACAAUUCCAGACGAGCUCCAGCAUUAUUUCCAUGGAUUGGACACAAAAGACUUCAAAUACCUUUUCCAGUCAGUACAAGCCAUCGAGUACCUUCACAACAAUAAUGUUAUACAGCAUGCUCUCAAAACUGAGGAUAUUUUGUUAACACCAAGUGGAAUUACUAAACUUUGCGAUUUUGGGUUUUACUUAAACCUUAGCUGCCCCGGUGAUGUUUAUACAGAUUAUGUGGUUACAUGAUGGCACAGGGCUCCUGAACUGGUUUUAAAAGACCCCACAUAUGGAAACUAUAUGGAGUGGUUGGACACCUCAUCUUCACAGAAUUUUAUAAGGAGCCUGGGUUUUUCAGGGGUGGUAUUUCCUAAAGUCCAGCAUCCUAUAAAUGCAAGGAAAAGGCUUCCCCAGCUCACUGCCUUACUGGCAAACGUGGCUCAUGUUUCCUGUGUUAAAGAGGAAUCACACAGAGACAGCAUAAAGAGGCGUUAUAAAGUGACCCACUUCGGAAGUGGCCACCAUCAUCCAGCUGUUGUAGCUGGAAGCGAAAUGGAAACGGAGGGACGGAGGUCCUUUCAGAAUAAGGACAUGAUGCAGGAAGCUGGUCUCUCCCUUUGCAUUUACAAGGAUCAUUUCACUUUUUGCUUCUUACCAGAGCUGAAAGUCAAGUUCCUACAAGAAACAAAAUUAAAUUCUCCUUUAAACCACAGAGGGAAUAACAAAGAUGUAGAACUACUAAAAGAUGAGAAGUGCUGUUUUUAA